AUGGUGGUUGUGCACCGCUGGAGCGGCCUGCAGCGCUGGAGCGGCCUGCUUUUCUUCCUGGCUUCAUGGCUAUGCGCGGCAGAGGAUGAGGACCGUCAGUUGGCGCAGAACAUCUUCCACGCGCGAUCGCUGCUGCCGUGGGCGCCGAGCGCACGUGUUGAGGUGUACUACGCGGAGUUCUUGCUGGCACAGUGGGUCCUGGACCGAGCACCCUGGAACGCAUAUCAUUCUGGCCUAGCGUUCUUGAAUAAAGACACUGGCGAGAAGUGUCUUUAUGACUACAGCCCUGUGGACACCUCUUCAGUGAUGAGGAUGCUGAUCCCGGAGAUUCUUGCGAACAAGUUCGAAGUCUUCUUGGGAGACUACGAAUUGACUUGGUCGGAUCACGCCAGGACGCAAUUGACUCUAUCAUGGCCUUCCAACUACGAGCGCUUUGUUCUUCUAGGAGAUUUGAAUGGUCAGAUCUUUUUGGAGUUUGUCGAUUGGGUGGCCAAGUCCUUCGCACCAAAACACCACAUCUUCCAACCCAUCGAGGUGGCCGAUGUACUGCAACGGCAAAGUUUGGUGAACUCCAGCAUGUGUCACGACUUUGUCACAGAGGGCCUGUGGUUUCUCUACGCCAAGGGUGCUGAACUCCACCCGGAGGAGCACGUCUUUCGGGAUCACAUCAUCCUGUACGCCCAUGCAGCUCGGCUGCCCAAAGCCUCAUGGUCUACGAUGCGGCAAUGGCAGCGGUAUCUGCGGCAGCUGGACUUGUCCAUGGCCAGGAUCAAGAAACAAUUCACCUUUGCGCGCGAAGCAUUGCUGUGGAACUGGCGCUUGCAAUUGCCAACCUUCCUUCAUACAGAGAAUCAAAGCUUUCAGAUCGAUCUCGCGCCGCCCUUUCUGAACUACUGCUACUUGCCCUUGGCAAUUCCACCGGAGGUGCACAAUCCCUUCGGUGAGACAAAGCUUUGUGCCCUGGGGCUUCAGGCGAACACCAGCAACUCCACGGCUUCCACCCAUUUCACACCUCCACUCCAUGACCCUCCGUGGGGCACGCAGCUCACGGUAGAGGAGCACCUCGACCGGCCGGAGGCGACGGUUCCCGUGAGCGGUGCGCAGCUGGGUGCGCGAGCGGAUCGGCGAGCUCGGCCGAAGCGACGCCAGGGGUGGAUCAUGGUGAUUACUCUCAUGUCGCAGUGUCUCACAGAGGGUCUUCUUAUGGCGCCCGAAGGAGCUUUAAGCGCCUCCGAGCGGCAAGCACUUCAGGUGGCGCGCCAGGCGAUCAAAAAGGAGAGGUCCCAGUUGAGCGCCAGCCUGGCGAGGGCACAGGAGCGCUUGGUCGAGCUACAGGAACGUUGUCAGGUGCUGCGGGGGAAGAAGCAACGCCUGGAGCAGCGGAAGAAGGACUUGGAAGAGGAGGUGCAAAGAAACCAAGCGGCGAAGACUGAGCACGAAGCCAAAGCGCAACUGGAGCUGCUGAAGCAGCACCGGGAUGCCUGGCAAGAGCUUUGCUCAAAAAAUGCGAAGGAGCUUCAAGAAGAGAACGAGGCAAACUUAAGGGAGCGAGAACGCUUGCAGGGCGAAUGUCUCAAUCUUCAAGAGGCCUGCGAAGAUGCCCAAGCCCAGUUGUCCGAUGCACAGCAUCAGCUCAAGGAGGACACUUCCACGGUGGAGAAGAUGGUGCUGGAACGAGUGGCCUUGGAGCAGACCAUGGAGGAGCGCUCCAAACAGCAUGCGCAGAUGCAGACAUUGCUGCAGCAGUCCAUGCACCAGCUGGAACAGUCAGCAGCAAGGACGAGCUUCCACAUGGAGCUCUUGCAGUCGGGUCACCAGGAGCAGCUGAAACAGCAUCACCAGCAGAGGCUCCUUGAGAGGAAUCAGGUCGCUCAACUGCAGCCAGAGCUUUUUCAGCUCGAGGAGCAGUGCGACCGCUUUGAGAACCAGGUGGCCCACGCCCUCGCCCAGACGGAGGUCUUGGAGACUCAGGUCACCGAGGCCACCAGGGGGAAGGUCAUCGAACAGCAGAAGGAGGCCUUCGCCAGGCAGCGCUUGGAGCAGACGCGCGCGCGGAAGGACCAGCUCGCCCAGCGACUGGAUGAACGGCGACGGCAGUGCCAGGAGGUGGAAACAGAGACCUUGAAACUGAAGGAGGAGCAUGCUCGAUUGCAGCUGGGACGAGCUCGCAGAAAGGCAGUGGCGUCUCAGAUUGCUGCAGCUGGAGUGGGUGCCACACGUGAGCACGAGCCAGUGACGGCAUCGCCGCAAAGUCUGGAGCUGGCCUUGUGCCGGGGCUUCUUUGUACCUGCCGGCGCACCAGGACAUGCAGGACAGGUCUCGCCAAUGAGAGCCAGAAGAGUAGAGAUGAGGCCAAGUCCGCCUCUCACACAUUUGCUUGGGUGACAAAGG